AUGAGGCUAGAGCGCGGACGGCGGGCUUCUCUGGCAAUCACCCUUAACUUUGUGGCAUUCGCUUUUGCCUUGUCAGCGGUCACCACCAGCUACUGGUGCGAGGGGACCAGGAAGGUGGUCAAGCCCUUCUGCACAGGACCGCCACUGAAGGUGAAGCAGUUCUUCUGCAUCCGCUUCAACAGCUCAAACAUCAACGACAGCCGAUUGGUGCAGUACAUCUUUGAGACUGGCGAGGAGAAGUUUCUACUGAAGAAGUUCCACACGGGUAUAUUUUUCUCCUGUGAGCAGGCCGCUGACAUGAACGGGUUUGACUGUCGAGACUUCUCAGAGAUUGCACCUGAACAUGAAAGAGGAGUCCUGUGGUUGUGUAUAGUGGCGGAGAGUUUGUACCUCACCUUGCUCUUCGCAGGCGGGAUUCUGAUGACCCUUGAGCAAUGUCCCUGCUUUAGUGUCAUGAACAAACUGAAGCUCAGUGCCUUCGCUGCCAUGUGCACAGCCCUGUCAGGCCUUUGUGGGAUGGUGGCCCACAUGAUGUUCACCACCAUAUUCCAGCUGGCUGUAGCUAUGGGGCCAGAAGACUGGAGGCCUAAGACCUGGGACUACAGCUGGUCUUAUGCCUUAGCUUGGGGCUCCUUCGGUACCUGCAUGGGCUCUGCAGUGACAGCGUUGAACAGGUACACAAAGACCAUCAUAGAGUUUAAAUACAAACGGCGGAACAUCGAGAAGAACCUGUUGGUCAAGCAGAAGAUGAUAGAGCUGAAUAUCCCCGAGCAGAUGUGGGACAUGUACCUAACUGCUGCGCCUGCUUACACUGAGGCACCGCCAGAGUUGCCCGUCAAUGGCAAUAAACCAUCCACAGGCACAACUACAUAUGAGGUCGAAACGGACAGUGCACCAGAACAACAAGGAGAGGCAUACUGCUAA